UAGCCUCAUACCCGUGCGCUGUACGAAUGAUAGCAGGAGGCAGCUGGACGCCAACAGUCUGACGUGUGAUAUUCCUUGCGGUGAAGUGAUUCAGUCAGUGCAAAAGAAGCUUCUGUGUGGUUGUGAUGGCAAGCUAAGAACACCGUCGUAAUUCAAAUAAAACGCAAGAAUCUGGUCCAAAAUGAUCAGUUAACACCCCAUCUAGCCCAUGGCCGCAGAAUCGGAUGGAAUAUUUGGAAUGGUGCCGGGUUCUGGAGAUGAACAACCCAUGGACUUGAGCCAAGCAUCUCGGAAACCAGCACGCCUUAUGCCACCCCUUAUCCCGAUUAGCCUUCUUCGUUCCGGCUGUCACCACCGGCGAAUCCUAAACAAAGACACCGUGGGCACAAAACGCGUUGCUAUACCUCAAAAUAUAUCAGUAGUGGAAAAAGAGACAGAGAAAACGGUGCCAGAAAGACUGGAAGAAAGUACGAAAGACAUCGAUUGGAGAGAUAGUCAGGUCUCUCCGAAACGCAGCAGGUUAUGCGGUGAAAAUGAUUGGGUGGAAACCCCGCGGCUGGAUCGCGCGAGGAGUGUACCCCAGCUGACUCCACUCCCGUCCCUUCAGAGACACAAGUCCUUGAGUGAAUCUCGUAUCCCAGUUGCCGCGGCACAGGCUGAAGCUAACUUGGCUGCCCACGAGGAAGCCUUCCCUGCCUGGGGAAUCGACAGCCCUAGUGAACACCUCGGCGAGGAAGACCUGCGACAAAGACUUCGCUUCGCUGACAGCAACGACGAGCUGCUUAAAUCCUCUUGGAUCUAUAUCGGUUAUUACUCACAACUGCUGCAUCGUUUCCAGGCGCAAGAACUUCUGCGUCAUUUCGCCUUGCAACAUCAGCGAGACACCCGGAACGAUAAGAUUGAGGGGAUGGCAUUAAGUGCUACAUCCACAGCACCAAAUCCUUCAGAAGAUUCAUCUGACAUGAAGCGAAGGCAGGCACGGCCAUUAACUGGGAAGCAUGUAAGGCCAGGAACUGGAGCCAGUCCUGCCACGCUGCUCUCUCUGCGGCGCAAGAUACAGGCACGCCAACAACAGCAUGAUGCACAGCAAUUACACAAGUAGCAUCAGUGCUGAUUCCAAUACAUAUGAAGAAAUAUGGUGUACUGAGACUUCCAUCACAAAUAUAGUCAUUCCUGUACUGGGUGUUAAAUUCUAACAUUGUUUCAGAAACUGAUACAGAUGGCAUAGUUCUCACAUCAUAAAAGACAAUUAUUAUUUUCACAGGUGUUUCAUGCAAUGAAUGUGGUAUCAAGUUAAAUUACAUAAAAUCCCAUUUCUAUUGCAUGAUGCUGCACACCUGAAGACUGUGCCCGUCUUUCUGCUCAAUUAUAUGAGACGUAUAUUUUAAUAAAUUAUAUAUUAUUUAAUAUUCCAUGUGGCAGAAUUUAAGAUGCCAAUGCCUAAUUGAAAACAUUCCAUUUAUUUGAGUAAGGUAAACAAGUCUUCCAAACAAGCAGGUUAAU